AAAAUAAUGGUUAAUAAUCGUGCGUAUGCACGUGGCUACAUACUUGUCGAUUGCAUCAGCCACACUCGGUUGAGCUAGGUUUUAAUUUCGCCAAGUUCAUACUGGAAUCCUUGACAGUGCAUCAGACAAAUUGAUCCUAACCACCAAUAAGUCCAGGCCUUUCAGCGCUAAUGAGUUUGGAUGACAGGUGAUGCAUUACAGACGCUAGCCUAAUGCAUUGAAAAUUGCAUCCAAGCAGUCGGAUAAUUGCGGAGCAGGUAUCAGACGAGAAGUAUGAAGAUCGUGCAAGCAGGAGCGUCUGUCUGGCGAGCCGGGAUGAAAGGCUUCGGUCGGGGUUCCUCUCCUGCCCCACAGGCCCGGGGCAGCGGAUGUAGUCCCGCUCAAGCCCUUCGAGUGGUUCUCCCAGUGCUGGCUUGUCUUGGUUUUGCUUCGUCCUCUAGCGAUCUCCAGAGCAAUAACCUGCCAGCGGAACAGAUCACGACAUUGCAAACUGAUGUUACAGGAGGAUAUUAUGUCAACACUACGAGCACUACACAAACAGAAACUGGUGCCCACCCAAGGACAUGUCUGGAUCUGAUGAAUACCACUGGUCUGUCUCAGGAUGGUUUCUUCGACAUCGACCCCGACGGACCAGGAGGCUUUCCUAGCUUCCUGGUAUACUGCAAGCUAGAGUCUAGACACACUUCACCAGGUACCACCGUUAUCCGAACUUCGAAUCCCAUUGAAGGAUACGUACAUGAUAAUGACCACCGUGUGACCGUGACAUACAACAGUGUACCUGAUAUAGGAGCCAUCCGGGCACUUAUCGAGGUCUCAGCCGGUUGCCGCCAAUUUCUGUCGUACACGUGUGACGGACUGCCCAUCUGGACGCAUGACAUUCAGCAUGUAGCCUGGCUGGACUGGAACGAGAUGGAGAUGCUUAAUUGGGGCGGGGGGCAGACUGGUGUCCCAGGCUGUGAUUGUCAUUUGCAUGACGAUUGCUUUGGGGGAGGCAUCUGCAACUGCAACUCCCCGGAGAUACAUGGCACUGACUCUGGUUACAUCACGGACACUGACACGCUUCCCGUUACCGGACUGGUAUUCAAGAAUACCUCCAUUAACUCCGGAAGUUAUUCCGUAGACAACCUGGAGUGCUUCGGAAAGAAAUCAACGGAGGCGGGUUCGAGCGUUGCCCCUUCCAAAACCGAGGAGGCGACCACGGAACGUGACAAGACAACGACUGGAGAUGAGACUAGCACCAUACAGCCCUCCACAGAAGCCUCCGGUACUACUGACGUGGAUGAAACCAGUACUGUUGGUCCUGAAACGACAGUCGAGGGAUUGACUGCCGGUGUAUCCACGGACGCCCAAACCACCCCUGAACCGAGCUCUACCACUGAUGAAGAUCCCUCGACCACGUCAGAAUCAACGGAGGCGGGUUCGAGCGUUGCCCCUGCAACAAGCAAGGAGGCGACCACGGAACGUGACAAGACAACGACUGGUGAUGCUACUAGCACCAUACGGACCUCCACUGAAGCCCCCGGUACUACUGACCUGGUUGAAACCAGUACUGCUGGUCCUGAAACGACAGUCGAGGGAUUGACUGCCGGUACAUCCACAGACGCCCAAACCACCCCUGAACGGAGCUCUACCACUGAAGAUCCCUCGACCACGUCAGAGUCACCUUCUACCAUCGUAUAUGUCACAAACGAGGAGGCCAUAACCGAAAGCGACAAGACAACGGCUGGUGACGAGACUACCCCCAGACGCACCUCCACAGAAGACCCCAUGGCCACCGCACCAAGAUCAACUGCUGAUGGUCUCAUCAUGACGUCAGGAACAACACUGAACGUAAACACAGUGCAGCCCGAGCAGGAGACUACGAAGGCAAACCUCGUCAACGAAAUAGGAGAUUCGCUCCAGAAGCAACUGAAAGCGCUUGCGAUUUCUGCUGGAAACACGUCUACCGAUACCCUCAUCAAUGCUACAAAGAACAUUCUGGGGAAGACAUCAGCAUUUCUUUCGGUUCAAGACAGCGUGGAUGUGUCGACCAAGAUGUCGGUGGUGUCUCUGGUUGAGUCCUCCUUGUCGCAGGUCGCUCUCGGUCUGCGUGACGGUGAAAAACUGCAGCUGAGUCUCGAUGAUACAAAGGUGGAGGUGACAUCUUUUUCAUCCGCGGAGUCCCUGCAGGGCUACGUCUUCAGCGCAGCAGGAUCUGACUCACCCAAAGUUGAUGGCCAGGAGAGCAAGGACACUGCUCCUGGAGAGGAAGAAGUCACACUGGCCAUUUCCACCGGAUCGUUUGGUCAUGUCGAAGGGCCAGUGAAGGUGUUGGUUGUGUAUCAGGGGCUUGCGAAUGGGACGGAGGAGGGGACGGCUGGAGUGGAGGCCAGCACAGGCUCCGGGUCCGAUGUUGUUUCCAAAGUCAACAGUGGUAUCUUGUCAUGUAGCGUGCUGUCCGGUGGCCAGUCGCUGGACGUAGGAUUAGAGUUCUCUCUGCAACAGAAAAUGGAUACUGUGGUUGGAUUUGAAGAUAAGAUUGUGACACGCCAUUGUAGCUUCUGGAAUACAACACUUAAGAAAUGGUCAACAAAGGGAUGUCGUACUGUGGAUGCUGGUAACGCUGCCGCAGCCACGAAGACGAAUUGUUUCUGUGGCCACAAUACCAGCUUUGCCGUACUGCUGCGAGUCACUGAGCGUCCCAUUGAGACAACACAGAACUCGGGCAAUGAGCACGCCUUGGAAGUGCUCAGCAUCGUCUUGGGAACUCUUUCUGUAAUCUGCCUCGCACUGACAUUGAUACUCUACGCUUACCUCAGACUGUUUAAGUUUCUUCAGGUCAAGGUCCACGCCAAUCUGACUGCAGCUCUACUCGUGGCGCAGCUCCUGUUUCUUACCGGGAUCAAUGCCACUGAGAAUCUGGUUGUCUGCCGGAUCAUCACGGUCCUGCUGCAGCUGUUUUUCAGCGCGGCUUUCAGCUGGAUGCUGAUUGAGGGCGGGCUUCUGUUCCAGAGGGCCACGAUGGUAUCCAGGCAACCACCUAAGAUGCUCUACUUGAUGCUGGUUGGAUGGGGUGGCCCAUUUCUUCUCACAUUAAUAUCAUUCUCUGUUGGUUAUCAUCAAUAUGGAAUACAUGGACUCUGCUGGUUGUCUGCUCAUCGUGGUCAGAUCUGGGCAUUCCUAACGCUAGUCAUUGUUGUUAUUCUGGUGAACGUUAUCGUGAUGAUUGUUGUCAUGAAGACAUUCCUGUCAUUGAAGAUGAACAAGGACAAAGACAACGCCGACAGAAUCAGGGCUAGUUUCCGUGCCGUAGUCGUCUUGGUCCCAAUCUUGGGCCUGUCUUGGAUCUUUGGUCUUCUCGCUGAAACAUCGCUGGUGUUUAAGUACCUCUUUGUCAUCUUGAACUCCUCUCAGGGCAUAUUCGUAUUCAUUUGCCACGGAGUGUUGAAUAUAGAGGUCCAGAAGGCAAUGAAGCGACGGCGAGCUAACAAGGUCUCCAGCCUGGGGACAUCGUCAUCCGAGCACACGCAGUCUCAGUCUGGUUCCAAGAAGACCAUAAUGACCACGGCUAGUAGCGAGGGCGGCAAGCAGGAGGACCGAAUGUAACAAUACCCCAGACCCACUCAAAGUUGAGCGUGUAGUCCUAAACCCACGGGCGCCGCCUUGUUGUUUGCCGCUGUACCAUGCGCUCUAACCGCAAAAGAUCUGGACCCAAUUUCAUGGCUCUGCUUAACACAGAAUUCCGCGCUUACGAUCACCAUUCUGUGCUAACCGCGGUAGCAAAAGCGUUAUGCUUAUCAUGUAAGUACAUGUACAUAAUCCGUAUGUAGGUCUAGGCAUGGGCAGAAGCCUCAAUUCCUCGCUUACCCAUGAAACAGCUAAUCAUAAAGCAGGGCAUGUUCUGCCCCAGUAAGCGGAGAUUUGUCGCUAAGGCCAAAAAAAAAGUCUCCGGUUUCUGGUAUGCGCGCGCGUCGCCGCAGCCAUGCGCGUCGGCAAAAUGAAACAGUUUUUUUUUCAAU